AUGGCGUCUCUCCUUUCCUCCUCCCUCGGAACGUCUCCCCGCGGCUCGUCUUUCGUCCUGCUCCAGUCAUCGACGGCCCAAACAUGCUUGCCGAUCUUGCGCGCCAUUGUCCAGCGGUCGAGCGGUAGCGCGCGCGAAUCGCUCGUGCUCAUCUGCCUUCUCUACCCGCCGUCGCGCCUGCUGGCCUCGAGCACUCAAGUAGAUUCGGCGCGCAUACACAUCCUGGACCGAACCACCGAUGUGCCCGGGUACAACGACUCCGAUGAGUCCGACGGCGAAUGGAAAGCGCGCUUGAAACAGAGCAUUCUCGACGCCGUCCGUGCAGCUCCCCAAGGCGCCCUCACAGUCGCCAUCGACUCGUGCGACACCCUCCUCUCCGACCUCGCCUCCCUCUCAGAGACGACCCGCCUCCUCUCCGACGUCCUCGCCCUCGUCCGCGAACGCGGAGCCCCCUCGCGCCUCGUCCUCCACCUCGUCGCGCCCUCCCCGCUCCUCGCGCCGCUCCUCGCGACCCGCUUCUCCCCCGCGCUCACUCACCUCACCGCCCACCCCGCCGCGCUCCUCCCCCACCUCGCCGCGGCCUACCUCGUCCACCCGCCGCCCGCCGCCUCUCCCACGUCCUCCGCCUCUCCUCCUUCGCCGGCCGACGCCAAGUUCUGGCGCGUGUUCUCCCCCUUCGCCGCGCGCGCGCCCGACGUCGAGCGCCUCGUCUUCGGGCCUGGGGGCCCUGGCGGCGCGGGAGCGGCUGACGAGCUCGUCGUCGAGGCCCUCGUCCGCGGCGGUGGCGGCGGCGGCGCAGGCGGCCGUCGCGGCGUUGAGCGCGGGCUGGAGGGCUGGGCCGGGGGCGCGCCCUGCGCCCUGCGCGAGCUCGGGGGCCUGAAGGCGCUGUUCGCGGGGCGCAAGGCCGCCGCGUCCGAGCCUGGGGGCACGGCGGACCCGACGCAGGACCUGUCGUUCAACUUGAAUCUCACGCCGGAGCAGCAGCGGUCCCGCGCGCAGGUCCCGCUGCCUUACGCGCAUGAAGGAAAACCCGUCGUACCCGCCCCUGGAGUGAUACUGUACGACCCCGACUCAGCGGACGACUUGGACGACGAUGAUCCCGACGAAGACCUGGAUAUCUGA